GUGUGACUGCUGUAUGAAGCAUGAGUGCUGAUGAUCUCUCCUCCACAGUAAAGCUAGAGGAGCAGAGAACUGACUGUGUAUGUGGGAAUAGCGGCAGAUACAGGGAGACAGUGCAGAAGUACAGAAGCUCCUCCAUUGAUUAGCGUUCUACCCAUCCUUGAUCAUCAUUUAAAACUCCAUCAUCAUGUCGGCAAAGUUCGAACAUGUGCAGAAGAAAUGGGCAGCAGUGAAAGGUCGUCUGGGCACGUCACAGGACUCGGACUCAAGCCCGAUUGAGGCCAACCUGGAGAAUGCUGAACCGGAGCUGUGCAUCCGCCUGCUACAGGUGCCCACUGUGGUCAACUACUCUGGUCUAAAGAAGCGGCUAGAGAGCAGUGAUGAGACAUGGAUGGUCCAGUUUCUGGAGCUGUCAGGCCUUGAUCUGCUGCUGGAGGCCCUGGACCGGCUCUCGGGUAGAGGCUGCUCGCGCAUCACUGACGCUCUUCUGCAGCUCACCUGCGUCAACUGUGUUAGGGCCGUCAUGAACUCGUCCAAAGGGAUCCAUUUCAUCAUUGAAAAUGAGGGCUAUGUGCGCAAGCUCUCGCAAGCUCUGGAUACAUCCAACGUCAUGGUGAAAAAGCAGGUGUUUGAGCUGCUGGCUGCUCUCAGCAUGUUCUCUGCGGAGGGAUAUAGAUUGGCUCUGGACGCUCUGGACCACUAUAAGACUGUAAAGAUGCAGCAGUACCGCUUCAGUGUGGUCAUGAAUGAGCUACAAAGUACUGAUAAUGUACCCUACAUGGUAACAUUGCUUAGUGUGAUCAACGCCCUAAUCUUCAGCACUGAUGAUCUACGUCAACGGGACAAGAUGCGCAAGGAGUUCAUUGGUUUGCAGCUCCUCGACGUUCUACCCAAACUGAGGUGA